AUGACGGACGAGACCUGCGCUGGUGAGGCCCUGGACGUGGUGCUUGACCCGCAAAAAGAGCAAAAGCUCUUAGUCAAGUUGGAUAUGGCCUUUGUGCCCAUCAUCAUGCUUACUUACCUAUCCUGCUUUUUGGAUCGUUCGAAUAUUGGAAAUGUCAAGGUGGCCCACAUGCCGGAGGAUAUCAACGCUUCGGAUAGCGAAUUUUCUAUCGCAGUCUCGAUCUUUUACGUUACAUAUGUAAUUUUCGAAGCUCCCUGGGCUGUCUUGAUGAAAAAGUUGACCCCGCGGAAUAUUCUCACCGGUCUCUGUAUCGUAUGGUCUUUGACAACAAUUUUCACGGGCUUCAUUGAAUCAGUGGGCUCGCUUUAUGCGACUCGUCUGAUUCUGGGUGCCUGCGAGGCAGGGUUAUUCCCAUGCCUCAAUCUAUACCUGACAAUGGUAUACCGACGUGAAGAGCAAGCCAAACGUGUAUCCUAUCUGAUGAGCUGUGCGGCUAUAUCAGGUGCUGUUGGCGGCCUUCUUGCUUAUGGACUGUUGCAUAUGGACGGAAUUGGAGGGAAAGCAGGAUGGAGAUGGGUUUACAUUAUUGAAGGCCUCUUCAGUGCGGCAUGUGCGAUUCUGAUCUGGUUCGGUCUGCCGAACAACCCAGCAGAGGCUUAUUUCCUCAACGAAGAGGAGCGAUGGAUGAUGCGUGUGCGGAAUGAACAGCGCCGCAAAUACAUGGGGAGUGAUAAGUUCAGUUGGGAGGAGAUGCGAAUUGCUCUGCGUGAUCCCAAACUCCUUUUUUCCGGAGUCAUUCAAUUCUGUCAAGAUAUCCUAUUGUACGGCUUCAGCACUUUCCUACCCACAAUUUUGCAGGGUAUGGGGUACGAUUCACUCAUGAGCAACGUGUUGACUGUGCCGGUGUAUAUCUGGUCCGCACUCAUCUUUAUUGCGAUUGCGUUUUGUUCCGACCGGUAUUCCAAGUUUGCUUCUUAUAUCUUCACGACAAAUAUCUUCGGCAUUGUCGGGUAUAUCCUACUACUCACAGUCGAGAAUACGGCAGUACAAUACUUCGCAACCUUCUUGAUCGGCAUCACAACCUACACCGCAGUCGGUCUGAAUGUUGCUUGGUUGAACGUCAACAUCGCACCGCAAUAUCGAAGAGCACUGGAGAUCGGACUUCAGCAGACAAUUGGAAACUGUGCCGGAAUUGUGGCAGGCCAGGUAUAUCGACAGGCCCCAUAUGUGCUUGGGAACGGUUUCUCGUUAGGCUCGCUGGCCGUGGCGCAGAUCACCGUGACCGGCUUCGGUUUCUACUUGCGGCGCGAGAAUAUGAUGAAGGAGAAAAUUAUCAACGGGGAGAAAGAAGAUACUCGUCGCGUUCAAACCGGUGACGGUGCUGUGGAUUUCAAGUACAUUUACUGA